AUGCAUGAGAUCCUGACGAUCCAGCUUGGCCACCGUGCGAACUACGUCGCCACUCAUUUCUGGAACACACAGGAAUCCUACUUUACGUAUGACAGCACUCAAGCUUCCCCUGUUGACCAUGAUGUACAUUUCCGUCCUGGUAUCGGAGCAAGGGGAGAGGAGACAUACACGCCAAGGACCUUGAUUUAUGAUCUUAAGGGCGGCUUUGGGGGUUUAAGGAAAUGGGGGGGCUUGUAUGACCAGCAGAUCAGCGGAGAUGGAGGGGUUGAACAAGGGAAAGGCGUUUGGGAUGGCAAUGUUGUUUUGCAUCAAGAUCCUGGCAUUGAGCAAUCUGAGUUCCAACGAAGCCUCGACGAAGGCGUUCCUAGUGCACAGAAAUUAAGUACCGAGACCGUAAGAUACUGGUCAGAUUUCAAUCGCGUAUUCUACCAUCCGCGAUCAAUAGUGCAAAUCAACGAUUACGAGCUAGGUUCCACACUUAUGCCAUUCGAGAAAUGGGAAAGUGGUGAAGAACUUUUCGCGAGCAUGGAUAGGGACGUGGACUUGCUAGAUCGAGACGUGAGAGUCUGGGCUGAGGAGUGCGAUCAGAUGCAGGGCAUCCAGGUAUUUACAGGUGGAGAUGAUGCAUGGAGCGCCUUUGCAGCCAAAUACGUCGAGAGCUUGAGAGACGAGUUCGGGAAGGUGUCGAUAUGGACAUGGGGGUUUGAAGAAGAGCAGGGCAAAGGGCAGAAAGCCAAGCAACUGCUAAGGACCGUCAAUGCCGCGAGAAUGAUCAGCGAGAUGUCGACGCAUGCAUCUAUGUACAUUCCAUUAUCAAUACCAUCGACACAACUCCCACAGUAUGUACACUUUGACCGGACUUCGCAAUGGCAUACCUCAGCACUCCUCUCGGCUGCAUUGGAAAGUAUUACACUGCCGACAAGACUAAGGCAUGACACCCAGAAGCGCGGGUUUCUUGAUAACCUGGAGGGAGCGUUGAAUGUUCAUGGGAAUCACCGGAUUGCCCAGCUGCGGUGCAGCAUGCUCGAUCCCGAAACCGCGCCGCUCGUAAUUGCAACCACCAAUGGGACUACUGAUGAUAGAGCGCCAUCAGCAAAUAACGGCACUCUGGUCGAAGAGGACGGAUUGAAGCUCGCUGAGCCAAGACUGGACAUGGACCUUUCGUGUUGUAACGCUCGAUCCCCAUCUCCGUUUGCUACUCAGCACGAUGUAUCGGACCAUGUCUUUGGUGUCGUGGAAACUACGAGGACAAAGGUUGAAGCAGCCAGAGAUGAAGAAGCGGAGGAAGGCGAGAUCACUUACGCACGAAAACGAAGGCGAUUUGCUGGUCUGCCAGUCAUCGAAAGGUAUCACUCCUCGCUUGAGUGUCCAAUCCUCGAUAGCUUCCCGCCAAUCUUGUCGUUCUCGCCGGGUCUCACCCAAGUUGCGGUUCACACCUCGCUUUCAACCACAUCGGGGAUCUCUAACCGAGUCAAAGCUCUCCAAAGGGUGGUCAGCAGGAUGGCAAAUCUUGACGAGCGCGAGACACUUUCUAACGGCCUUGGCCAGAUCAGCGAAGCAUACGAGAAUGGCUGGCACAGUGGAAGCGACGAGAGCGACGACUGA